UCAGUUUGCAACCACCAAAGCAAUCUUCAAAACGUGAACACAAACGAAAUAAAGAAAGAAAUAAUCAUGUUCAAAUUUGUAAUUUUGACAUGCAUCAUUGCCAGCGCAUUGGCUAAACCAGGAUUUUUGAGUGCACCACUUAUUGCAGCACCAGCAGCGCCUGUUCUUGCAACGCCUGUCAUUCAUUCAGCGCCAAUUAUUCAUUCAGCACCAAUUAUUAAAACAGCACCAGUUAUCGCAGCUCCAACAUUCGUCAAGGCAACGCCAUUAAUUGCUCCAGCGCCAAUUAUCAAAACUUUGCCCAUUGCUCACGCUCCUGUUUAUGCAACACCAAUUCUCAAGACACAUGUGAUUGCCCCGGCUCCAAUCAUUGCCAGUCCUGCUUUUGUUAAAGCUGCUCCAUUAGCUGUCAUUCACAAUCCAAUCAUGUUCAAAUUUGUGAUUCUCUCUGCUCUUUUGGCUUUUGCCGCUGCUGAGCCAGGAUACAUUGGUGCACCUGUUGUAUCAACUUAUUCCGCUGCGGUUCCCGCAUAUUCAGCAUACUCAGCAUAUGCAGCACCAGCUCAUCUCACAUACGCAUCACCGGCUCUUAGUUACACCAAAUAUGUUGCUCCAGUUGCACCAGCAUACAGCGCCUAUUCAGCUCUUCCCGUUCCAUACGCCGCCAGAUCAAUCCACUACUAGAUGUUUAUAAACUUUGACAAAUUCUUUAUCAAAGUCUAAUAUUCAAUUAUCUGUCAGAUCAUAGACGAUUAAGGCUGUUCAUCAUGGACAAUCAAUUGGAAUUAUUGAAAAAAAGAAAAAAAAAAAAAAAAUUCACAAAAAUGUUUAUCUGUAAAAUUUCUAAAUAUUGUCUUUUCAACUAAAUAAAUUUCUUCUGCCGUAUAAA